UGUUGCCGCCUUAAUUGGUCCCCUCUUAUUAAUUGGAGGUUUGUAUGGUGGCGAUAAGAUUUUGAAUCCUCGACGUCACUUCAGUGUGUUCCAACCCGACCCGUUUUGCCUACACCCACACCACCAUGUCGGCAACACUCACCAAGAAGCAGCAAAAGGCGCUCGCAUUCCGCAGCAAGCAAAAGGCCAAGGCCAAGGGCCUCCCCGAGCCCGAGGACGUGCCCGAGGCGGACCUGGAGGGGGGCGAGGGCGGUGAGGGCGAGGGCGCCGACGACGAACCAGCCGUCGCGACGGCGUCGACUUCGACCAAGCGGAAACGCGGCGACGAGGACGACACCGCCGAGACGAAGAAGAAGGACAGCAGAGCCAAGGGCAAGGGGAAGAAGACUGCAUGGGACGAGGACGAGGAGGGCGAGGGCGACAAGAGGAAGAGCAAAAAGGAGAUCAAGCAGCGGUUUAUCCUGUUUGUCGGCAACCUGGGCUUCAAGACGACGGCCGACGAGGUCCGCGCGCACUUCAAAGAGGCGGCCGGGCGCAUCCCCAGCGUGCGCCUGCUGACCGACAAGGCAAGCGGCAAGUCGCGCGGCAUCGCGUUCGUCGAGCUGGCGACCGGCACCGAGAUGCAGGCGUGUCUGAGGCUACACGAGACCAAGCUCAACCAGCGCGCGAUCAACGUCGAGCUCACGGCCGGCGGCGGCGGCAAGAGCGCGGCGCGCAAGGGCAAGAUUGAGGAGCGCAACAAGCGCAUGGGCGGGCAGAGGGAGCGCCGGGCCGAGCGGGAGAAGGAGGCCGGCGGGGGCGACGCCGGCGCCGAGGGCGAGGCCACCGAGGCUGGCGCUGGCGCCGAGACCGGUGCCCCCGAGGACGCGGGCGGUGACGCCAACGGCGAGUUCAAGAUGCGUAAUGGCCGCCGCGUGCGCGUCAAGCCAAAGGACGACUCGCGCCCAGCCAAGCGCGCGCGUGGAGACGACGGAGGUCGAGGCGGGUUCGGAGGCGGGCGCGGAGGAGGCCGCGGAGGGUUCUCGCGGCCCAAGUGGACGCCUACGGGCGCCAACGCGCUCGCUGUGGGACAGUAGCAGUUUUGUGUGUACAUUUGCAUCGCCAUGUCAUGUUAUGGGGAGUGGGCGGGGCGAGCCACUUGCUUCUGCUUCUUCGUUCGUUGGCGACUUUGCCUCGCUCGCUCGACAUGGAAUCAAUGUCGAGCUCGUCGCGGCUUGCCUCGGCUCUCGUACGCCCCCGCCCAUCAUCGCUUCGCCAUGGCGCGAUGCCUGCCCGCCCGAGGGAUGGGCGGCCCGACGCCCUUGGGGAGGAGUUGCCCAACUCGUCCAGCAGCGGGGCUGACGUUGCGACGAUUGCGCGGUGUGCUCUGCUCUGCUCAGCCCAUUGGGGCAAGCAGGC